CGCCAACGCUGCCACAGGCGCAACUCCGCUCUGUACUCUCUUCUACAAUCUAUCUUGCGGUAAACAUCUCUAUGCUUCGCGGUGUCAUGCACCACCGCGCGCAGUUCCCUCUAGAGCUGUGCCACCCGCCAGUUUACGAGCCCACCAAGCUAAUCCUGGGCUUCCCCAUGACUGAAUCGGACACCACCAGUGUGGCCUCCACAACGCCCAGCGAGGGCUCCACAGUCUCCACGCCCGUGUUGCACGAGCGCAUGAGCCUGAGCUUCAUCACGAAUCCGGAUCCGGUGGUCGACACGCAGCACACGCCCACCCACCCGCUGGCGGGCGCUACUAUUUGCUCCAAGAAGAACUGCUACCGCACAGCCAACAGCCUCUUCGGUGCCUUCUGCGAGUUUCACAAGCCAAGUCGGCUCUGCAAGGUACCUGAGUGCCGGAAGUGCGCCAAAACCGGCGGCUUCUGCAUCUCGCACGGUGGUGGCCGUCGAUGCCGUAACGAAGGUUGCGUCAAGAGCGCGAAAGAGGGAGGGUACUGUAUCGCCCACGGAGGCGGUAAGCGAUGCCGUGAAGAGAAUUGUUCCAAGUCGGCACUGGCCGGCGGUCUCUGCUCUGCGCACGGCGGAGGUAAACGCUGCAGCGCUGCCAACUGCUCCAAGACGGCGCUCAAGGGUGGUCUGUGCAUCGCUCACGGCGGUGGCCGGCGAUGCGAGAUCUCCGGGUGCUCCAAAAGCGCCGUGGGUGGACAUCUGUGCGUCUCGCACGGCGGCGGUCGCCGCUGCAGAGAAGUAGACUGCAAUAGGGGAGCCUACUUCUCCCUUCUUAUCGAGAUCGCCAAGCGGGCUUUGCGAUUGCAGGGAAUGAGUCAAGGGUCUCUGCGGCAUGCGGUGCCCGUAAACGGAAAAAAGGUGCACGCAAAAAAAUCGCCCUGA